AUGGGUUUCAGUGUUCGAAAGGGCUAUAAAUUUAUAGAUGACAAUGGAAGGGUGCAUUAUAGACAAUGGGUAUGUAGUCGAGAAGGUCGGAGAGAUCUAAAACACGUGAAUAGAGAGGACCGACGAAGAGAACCUCGGCCAGAUACUAGAGUUGACUAUCAAGCAACUCUCAAGAUAAGAUACGCAUUCGAGGAAGAUAAAUAUGUUGUUAGCGAAUUUGUGAGGCUCCAUACCCACAAAUUAGCAUGCCCAAGUACCACGAAAUUCUUGAAGUGUCACCGCAAGGUCUCUGAUGCUAACUAUGCCCAAGCACACACACUAUGUCGCGUGGGCAUGAAAACCAGCCAAAUUAUGAAACUGUGUGGUGGAUAUCAAUAUGUCCUAUUCACUAUGAAAGAUCUAUAUAAUAGAAUGAAUGGCGGUCGGAUGGAGGAAAUUGCGGAUGGGGAUGCGAAGGGUGUAGUUGCAUAUCUAUUUACAAAGAAGGAUGCUGACUCUGAAGUAUACUUUAACUUUACAGUUACCUACAAUGGCCGGUUGGGAAGGUUGUUUUGGUUGGAUUCUCGCUCUAAGGAAGACUACAAAUAUUAUGGUGAUAUCGUAGUUUUUAAUAGUAUUUACAACACAAAUAGAUAUCCGUAUCCACUGGUUGUGAUAUAUGGCAUUAAUAAUCACUUUUGCAUGUUCAUUUUUGCAUGCCUUACUGUUCCUGAUGAGGAAGUUAAAACUUAUGAAUGGAUCCUUAACAACUUCCUCGAGGUAAUAGACGGCAAACAACCAUUAUCAAUUGUGACAAAUGAGGCGCCUCAGAUGAGGAAAGCAAUCAAGAUGUGCUUCCUGAAUGCAAAGCAUCGCUUUUGUUCAUGUCACAUACAACGGAAUCUCAUCUCAAAUAUUGCUAAUGAGGAGUUCAGGGAAUGCUCACAAGAGCGACACAACAAGCGAACUUGCCCUUUAGAGCCAAAUAUAGUGUUCGAUGGGUUGUAUGAGUUAUCCCGCCUCAUUGGCAUGUCGCAAGACGGGUUGCAUGGCAAUUUAAGUCCUACGUGGGUGCAAAGGGGGUUUGAAUUGCAGUCACAGACAACCUGUGAUCUUGGGCAGACACCAUGGGUUGGAGUGGGCCAAGAGUCCCACGAUAUAGAAGGUCAAGGUACUCAAACGGGUAGAGAGCAGGAGCAAGCGGAUGAAGAUAAUGAUAUUGAUAUCAAUUUUAGUUUGAAAUUUCCUACGUGUUGUGAGUGGACGAAGGUAAAAGUAAUGGAAGCGAACCCAAAAACAGUGAGCUGUCGUGAACCUUUUUCGCUUCAUCAGAAAUACGUGAAAGACGAGGAUUUGAUACUCGGUCAUCAACUGGAAGCAUGCCUUCAGUUGCAAAUCACGAGUGGCCCUUACAGCAAUGUAGCUGUGGGCAUUAUUGCGAAGUCAAAAUUGUUGAGAAAUCUGAUGCAAAUCUUGGCCGAUUUUAUUAUACAUGUUCGAAGCAGAAUGUGA